CGAAAUCAAUUCGUACCUUAAAUUUUAAUUGUUUUUUAUAAAUAUCUUUCAUAUUUUACUGGCUCAUGGCUAUGUCAAAUAAGCUAGAAAUAUCUUCGGCGGAACAGGAGGCGCGAGCGAAGCUACGAGAGAAGUUUCUUCACGGGAUCAGUGAGUUGCGUGGCCAAAGCUGCACAAUCCUUACAUAUGAGCAGACAGAGCUCAAUGCGUCAUUCACCGGAUGGCAGCCAGAUGGCACAGAACUGUUGGUCCAGGAUUUGAAGACCCCGGCCAGUACCAUUCCUAAUGCUCGACUGAGAACUCCUGAUGUGUUAGCGAUACAUUUUGAUACUGAUAUACAGCUCCCUUAGUUUAUAAUUUUUAAUAAAAUAUAUAGGUUAAUUUUGAGUACUUUUGUAAUAUGAUAUGUAUUAGCUAUUAAGCCGAGAAUAUAGUAGAAUAUAAAAAAAAAACUGAAUUGUUUUCUUUACAGAGAAAGUAAAAGCAAUGCUUUAUUUAAUAUUUAGUACAUAAGAUAUAUCAGUGAACAACAUCCACAUUGUUCACAACUUCAUUAGUACCAAUACAAAUAGGUAAACUAUAGUCAAACAGUAAGAAAUAUCCAUGCCAUAAUAUAUUAUGGCUCAAAUAUUCCGCUGCCGUUUUGUAUACACCAUUAUUUCAAUGAAGAUCUUCAUGAAUAAUGUAUAAGACAAAUGAAUUAUGACGGAUAAAUAGACAUAACAACAUAAUAGCAUGCAUGGCUCAAUCAGUUCCAAUACUAACUUUCUAUGCAGUAGCCAUAGACAACCAGCAUAAGUAUAAUAUACACUUGAUCCCUCAAAGAUCUGAAUGAAGUAAGAAGAUCAUAUUUUAUAUCACAGCAGUAGCGAUAUAAUAACGUGAGUACAACCGUAGAUUCAUUAAAUAUAUUUUUCACCACACCAACUGGUAAAGGCUUACUUUGCUAUUCGAAAACAGAUAGCAAAAUUGC